UCUUAUCUGUUCAAAGUGUCCUCGGGCAAGCUUUUGAAUUGCCACCUGCUCAUUUAUUGCAGAUCACUUUGGAUAAGAACAUCAGCUGAACACCAUAAUUGUGAUUACAGAAGAAAAAUGAUUUUAAUGGAUCAGUGUCCAGGUUUAAAUGUGAGCAUGGGUGUUGCUGAAAGAGUCUGCUCAGUUACCUUCUCUUGUAUCGAUCUUAAAUUCAAAAGGCAGAGUCAAUGGCCUAUUGCAAAGAUUCCCUUUGAGAGGAGGUACAGGUGGGAAAGUAUUGGUAUUUCAUACUUGUUUAAUAGGGAUCGGGCCGGGGCCUCUCAUUCUCUCUCCCACUCCCGCCCUUGAGACUGAACUAAGCUCUUGUAAACAACUGACAGGCUUAGAGAGAGAGGAGAGGGGAUGGCUGGAUGAAUUUUGCAUAUGAAGUUGUGUGUCUGUACAAAAAGCUAUUGGCUCUGAAAGCACGACGCAAUGCAAAUGAGAAAACACAACUCAAAAGCUUCAAUUUGACACAAUGCUACAUAAUCGGCAGCAUAAUAAUACAUAUGAAAGGUGAAAGCUUUGAAUAUUGAAUUAAUUUGAUUGUAUCUCUGUGUGUAUUGGUGUCUGCUCGUGCGUGCAUGUAUGUUACAGAUCUAUCGGCGUUGCUGGCUUGUGUUCAAAAAGUCAUCCAGCAAAGGACCUCGUCGUCUGGAGAAAUACCCUGAUGAGAAGACUGCCUACAUCAGAGCCUUUCCUAAGGUGACAGAAAUUAGCAACGUCAAGAAUGUCACGCGGUUGCCUCGAGAUACAAAGCGACAGGCAGUGGCCAUUGUGUUUGCAGACGACACCUCACGCACCUUCACCUGUGAAUCAGAGCUGGAGGCAGAAGACUGGUUUAAGACACUGUCGAUCGAGUGUCUGGGCACACGGCUGAAUGACAUCAGUAUGGGAGAGCCUGACCUCCUGGCUGCUGGAGUGCAGUGUGAACACACCGAGCGUUUCAACGUGUUCCUCCUCCCCUGUCCCAACCUGGACAUCUAUGGGGAGUGCAUGAUGCAGAUCACCCACGAGAACAUUUACCUGUGGGACAUUCACAACCCUCGCACCAAGCUGGUCACCUGGCCACUCUGCUCCCUGCGGCGCUACGGACGCGAUGCCACCCGCUUCACCUUCGAAGCCGGACGGAGAGCCAUAUGUGAUGCUGCAGAAGACGACCUGCUGUCCACUCGCCUGCCCGCCGACCGCCAUGCCACGCUGCCCCUGGCAAACACACAUGCACAGUCCCAGCCACACAUACACUCAUACUCCCCGACACACUACCCCACCUACCCUGGACAGUGACACACACACAGAGACGAAUGCAUGCAGCACACACAAUUCACUGAAAGAAACACACACUCUUCCUUCUUAUAUUAGUUUUACAGCCCAACGAUACACCUCACAGGAGAUGUUGUAGGCGGGACUAACACUUGCCAAACGACCAUCCUGAAUGCAGAAAACAGAAAGUGAAAACUAAGUUCCACAAAAGACUGCAAGGAGAAUGGGCUUCCUUACAUGACAGCAGCUCCCACAAUUCCACAGUAGGGGAUAUUUGACGUGUUUCCACACUCAGGCUGAGGACCUUGGAAUAUGUUGUGUACUGAUUAAAGUAAGGACUGAAAGAUCUUA